GCUGAAUCACAACUUCAACCUGGAAUCGUCAAAGGGAAAAGCAGAGUUCUUUCCCCUGGAGAACACCAGUCAGCACAAAGUCUUCACGGACAAAUCGACGACUGUCCGUCCGAGAUUCGAUGCAGUCCAGGCACUCCCUGGGUACAGCGCCCGGCAUUUCCUACACACAACAAGCCCAUCAGAAACGGCGGCGAGGUCUCCAGUCUUCCAGAGAAACCAAAUGUCAGGUGGUUAGAGCCCCCCCUUCACGGCAUUUCGGAAAAGACUAUUGGUUCAGGAGCUCCAGGGGACCGGCACCAGUUGCAUAACUCCAGAAAGUCCACCCUCCAACGGGAACGGACGGAUGAGCGAUAGAGACAGCAUCCACCCCUCCGGAUUGUCACACCUGGACGGGGAACUGAAGUUGAACCUCGACCACAUUCCCUUGACAGAAGAAGAAAUACACGCCGACUUGGAGAGGGUGAGGAAGACGUUGGCGUCGGUGGAUCAGCCAACUUUGACGACAGUGAAGAACAGGAGCCGCAGCGAAGGCGCCCAGACUUGGGCUCAGGGCACUAUCCGGGACAUCACGAGCAAGUGCAACGAGGUCAAGGAGGCAUCUGCUUCCACACCCAUCACCACCACUACUGGCUACGACCUGCCAAUGUCAACAUCCAGCCAGAACAGCCCAACAGGCUACCGACGCAGGCGCAACUUAAGCCGAGUGAUCUACAACCUGCCAGACUUGAGCUCAAUGACGGACAGCUCAGGGAGCUCCCAGACGAAUCCUACUCCGAAUACGUCACUGAACUCAGAGCCCCCGGUCGAGACACCAGCGACAGAUGUUACAUCGGUGAGACAUCUGGGGCUCACCAUACAACGAAGCGCGAUGCUCGCUUCGAAAGGCUUGGGAGAUCGGAAGUUGGAGACAGCCGAGUCCCAUCUUCAGUGCAGCAUGUCACCCAUGUCCAUGUAUACAACUCACCAAGAAGAAAUUUGCGAGACGGAAAAGAUUGGACUGACCCACCGUCGCCACAACAUUCCCAGCACCAUGCCCAAGGAGACGAACGAGAUUCAGAAUCCCAUGUCAGAGAUGAGGACCGAGGCAACGGACCCUCCGGUUUACAUUCCGGGCAGCUAUCCAGAUCACCCACACGCCGACGUCGACGCCGACAUCGCAGAUCCUUCCAGCAACGAGUGCCAUGACGGAGGGGGGGCGUUCGAAAGUGGAGGUUUGUGGGACGCCACAAAAGAGGUCCUGGGUACUACAAAGAGCUACGUUGUGUUGUUCAUUACAGUUUGUUGGCAGAUGGUCAGCCCAGUCUUUGAUUAUAGAUCAGAGUGGUGGGAGAGGAAUGCCCGACAAGAGACGACUUAUUGGGAUUGUGUCUGCGUGGCGUUGGCAGUCCCGGUAACGGUUCUGAUUGUGUCUGGGGUUUUGUGGGCAAUAAGGCUAGCAGCAACGGCGGGAGCAUGCGUUAGACAGGGUCUAGUGAUUGCAGGGGAAGAGCUGGUGGUGGCAUUCGGGGGGUGAGGGCCGGAAGAUUGGAUCGGCGGCCGGACGGAGGAAGAAAGGGAGCGACGGAGAGCCCCGGUCCCCGGUCCCGGGGGGCUAGAAGCGGUGGCGGGUCGAUGGGUCGAGUGGCACAUUACGUAUGGAAGAUUUUGAAGGGUCCGA